AAUCUGGGAAUUGCAUAAAGUUGUAUUGUUCCAUCGUAGGGACAAUCGAGGGCUACAACCUUAUUUGUUAAAUAAACAAAUACAGCUUAAAAUACAAAACAAUGCGUCAUUUUUUAAUAUUGCUGCUUUUAGUGAUUGUUGCUGUCUGCAUUUCAGAGGCUGACAGGGCAGAGAGGAGACGGAAAAAACUGACAGCAAAGCUAGCUCGUUUGGAUUCCAACUUCAACAACAAGGCGUUCAACAAGGCUGAUGCCGAUGACGAAAGUUCAGAUCGCGAAAAUGAGGAAACCGAUGGGGAAACAAUCGAUAACAAAUAUGGUCCUCGUUACUACAAAAAGAAUAAGAAGAACAAAUAUUACAAAAGAAGAAAGGUAUUUAGUUUAAAAUUGUGUCAUUAAGUUAAUGCUAACACCAAAAUUUUUGCCAACAAUAUCCAAAUCACAAUUACUAAUUACAGUACAGUGGAACCCACUUAUCUCGACGAUUAACUCGCCAACCCUGUUAUGUCGAUGAAGUGGAACUUCCAAAUUCUCUCUUUGGCUUAGCAUUUUCUCCUCGGUUAUGUCAUGUCGAUUCUUCUAUGUCACUGAACCCUGAUGAUAUCUUGAACUUAAACACAAAAGGCGGCCAAAUUUGCCACUUAACCUUGGUUAUCUCGAUCCCCAUGACCAAUUGUCUGCUUUUUAAAAUUAUAUUAUAUACAUCAGAAACGUGCCUACUUCAGACAGUAGCAAUUGAAAUGAAAAUAUUGUCCUUGCAAUUAAUUUGACACAGCAAGAAGCUACAAGCGAGAGGCUUGCAGCAAGCAAAAGAGAGAGGUCCUGGUACCUGUUCUAUUUCUAGCGAACCCGCUUGUUGCUUAAUAGCCUUUCACGCAUUCCUAUAUGUUGAUUUUUUUAAAACCCAGAACUUGUAUUUAAAUAAACUGAACUGGUGAAUCCGGAGCGAGAGAAAAUAAAAGCUCUGAAUCCGGAGCUGAAAAAUAUUUACCCUCGCCUCAUGAAUCCGGAAUUCUGAGAUAAUACGAAAAAGUGGCAUCCCACAUAUGCCUUGUCCUUGUGUUGUUAGCAAACAUGCAUGUACAUUUUUAUUAGCAUGCCAAUAGCUUCAUUUAACUAAUCGCGGUAAAGCUUUUGUGAAAUAAUAAAAAAAAAAUUUCAAAAACAUGUGCAUGUACAUUCUCAUUUAUAAACGCACAUCGUGUACAUAAAGAGAUUUUAAGCGCAUUUUAAUAUAUUGCAGCCAUAUUGGUUUUCAUUAUCUCGAUGCUUUUUGGCAAACCCUGAGGCCGUUGACAUAUCUGGGUUCGACUGUACUAUUAUUAAAAAGUAUUAUUAGUAUUAUUAUUAUACCUACUCAUGCUUAGAUGCUACUGCCUACUACUGAAACUGCUGCUACUGAGCCACUGAUAACACUUAGCCAAUACAAAAUUUGGUGCCCCAAAAUUGAUUGAGAUUAGAUCUAUUUAAGUAUAGGACAAAUUAGAUUUGGUAUAUUUGACCAGCUGAUUCUAAAAAUGACUUCAGUUUCCCCCUAUAUUGAGCCUACAUGAUGUAUAAGCUCUAGGUUUUGAGAUGUUGAGCAAAUCACAAAAGUUCAGAUCUCAAAAGUCAGGAAACUGAUGGUGAAACAAUUGAUAAUAAAUAAUGUGUUUGUACUUUUCCUAACCUUGUCACUUGGUCUUUUUAGAAUUAGAUUAUAUUUUCUAUAAUUUCUUAGUUUUACUAACUCCAUUUUACUUAUUAUUACCAACUUAUUUUUCACAGUAGCAAUAUUUAUAUUCUUUCACUUCCUGUAAUCCUACUUCUGGCAACAACAAAGGAAAUCUCUAAAAGUUUUUUUACUGUGCUCUGUUACUUGACUUACUUCUAUUUGUCUUGUUUGCUCUAAGCCGAAAUGUCCAAAUUUUAUUGUCCUGUCUAUUAAUUCAAGUUUAACAUACCUUGUUCUUUUAUUUCAUUUACAUAACUUGAAUGCAGUUCAGUUAUUGUUUUGUUGGGUUUUUUUCCUAUGAAACACUAAAUUAACAGAACCUAGCAUUGAAUCAGGAUUAGAGAGAUGAAGAUUUUCAGAGUUAUUUUUCGUAGCUAUUAACACCAAAAAAUGGCCAUCUGCUAGAUUUCCACUAGCAUCUCUUUUGUUGCUUUCUGAUUAAGUUUAGUAAAGCUGAAAAACUAAAUUCCUUGUGUGAUCAUAGUCAAUUUUUACUUUUACAAAAACUAAUAGGCCUAAAUUAAAAAUUGUGAGACAAAUUAAUUGUCUAGAAUAUGAGAAUCACUGUUAGUUAAUAUGAACACUGUUUGGGUUAGUGAGUUGUGUCAUGCGUGUUUUUAUUGUGUCUCAAUGAUCAUUAUUGUGUGUCUCAAUGAUCAUUGGAUGACAGGAAUAGAAUAAUAAACUUGUGUGUGGAUAUAAGGCAUGAGAUAGAGUGGAGAGAGAGUUGAUUAAGGACAUAGUCAUGAUACAUUUGUGUGUUUUUGGAUAGACUGUAUAGUUAUAAGGAGAUACUGUAACCAGAUGAAUUUGCAUGACAGAUGCACAUAAUAUAGAAGAACCCUAUUCAUUUUUAAAGUGUUUUUGUUCCAAUAUGCGAAAGUGUUUAUGUUCCAAUAUGUGGUGUGCGUUGUGAACGUUGAUAUACAGUGUUGUAGAGUACCAUCAAUAAACGUUGCUAGAAAAUACUUGAAGAUGCUCGACUAGAAUAAUAGAGUAUUUUAACACUAAUUUGGCCUAAAAGUAUGUUAAUGUUUAAUAGUUAAACAAAAAGUUAGGCCAAUUUAAAGCUCUGUGUCGAGACUUUGUAUCUGUUGUGUUGCAAAUCAUCCACUUAUGGCAAUGAGUGUCUACUCAUCCAGCCAAGUCUCCCACUUGAUCCCCGAACAGCACAACCAAUAGUAAUAGUCUCCAAUUCAACAAACACUCCACGGUUCGUUACAAUAUAUAAGUUUAAUAUGCCUCUUCAACAUGACAAUCAGUGUACUUCACUAUACAGCUUGUAAACGUUCAACUUCACAGUCUAUCUAGUUGAAAUCCUCACACAUAGAAACAUCACACAAGAAGCUAUGUCUUGACAGUGCACAACAGCCAUCUCUGUUCUCCAACAACAACGAAAACUAAUGCGUCAUAUCCCCUACCACAAUUACGUCACAACACUCUCACACCCACGAUACAGCUACACAUAAAAUCUCUAACUAAACAUCUUUUCCCUAUCAAAAAUGAAAACAAUGAUCUACACAUAACAACAGUGAUUCUCAUUCGCUUGACACUCUGAUGCUUUUCAUUUUUAACUUUUAGUUUGCAAGGUACCGAGGCCCUUUUCAAUAUUUACUGUCAUUUUAUAAUACUAAUAUUAAAUGAACCAUGCUCUCCAUACAAAUGUUUAUAUUCCAUUCUGAUCAAUGCCACUAACUAAAUAUAAGUAUAAGGCUAAUUUAAUUUAAUAAGUAACACACAUAGUGCUUUUCCCAAGACCCAAAGCUAUACCUCCAAAUAAAUGAAUAUUGGCAAGUAUAAAUUAUUUUCUCUGGGUCUCUUAAUAUGUAGAGAAAUAUAAUAUAUGUAGGCCUAAAACAUUUUGAAAUCAGGAUUUUUGUUACCGGUAUUUCUUUUUUUUUUUUUAUAUGACACUAUCACUGAUUUGUGCUUAAAGUAAUUUCAAUUAUAAAAUAUUUCAGUCAGAUCACAAGAUGUCUUGGUUGAAUGUUAAGAAAGGUAGGGCUUACCACUUACAUAUUCUUAAUCCUUUUUUUAUUUUCACUUUCAUGUGAUUUUUAUUAUGAAUUUUUAGUUUAUUCUUUUUUUUUGCCUUGUUUGAGUGGUUUAUAUACCUAAUUCUUACGCAAAGAGAAAAAUAUUAUCUCUUCAAAUGCAGGCUCUGACUGUAGUAUUAAAUGUAGGCAUGGAGAUGUUUGCAUAACAGGACCCAUUGAUACCAAACCUAUGUGUGUAAGCAAGAAGGAUUUGAAGAAAAGGUAUGUAUUGUGAAUCAAAGUGCUUGGUGGUAUUGCUUGCUAGUAACUCUUUUACUUUUAGUUUAAUAGCUAAUCUGUGGUCUUUGGAUAUAAACAUAAUUAGAUCUAGUUAGAAAUGUAUAUUUAAUGAAUAUGAUAUUGCUAGCUAUCCUUUUUUUCAUUGACAGUAAUAAUAUAGUUUCUUAUAUGUCUAUUUAGUUUGAAGUUGUUCCAUCGUUAUCAGAAGCAAGAAAUGAAGGCAUGGAAAAAGUUUAAGAAAGAAAAGUAUGAUCAUGCUGAAGCAGAAACAUAUCCCAUGGAUAAGGAUGACAAGCAAGAAAUAGCACAUACAAAUGAUUCAAAAAACCAGAUUGUUGAAAAGCAGAAUACUGUGAAACAGCACAAAGAAGAGGUAAGAGGAAAGUGUCAAAAAAGGUUUUAUAUCAAUUUAAACAUAAUUUUGAGUUACAGGGGGGAAAACAUUAAAAGUAAAUAUUAGCAUCUCCAGUUUAAAAUUUACUGAGAAAAGCGUGUCAGCACAUCUUUUACUAGAUAAAGGUAUUUUGUAAUUACUAACCUCAAAUAUUUAAUAAUAAUAAUAAUAAAGUUCAUUUCAAAAACACGCUUCAUCCCCAAAGGCUCGAAGCGCGGUACAAAGUCAACGAAAUAUAAAUCUAUAAUUUCUUGAUAGUCUUUCUCAAUGGGAUCAAGGCAAAGUGAUACAACUGAGAAGAGAUGAUCAGAGUGUCUAGAGACAGAUGAAUAGAGAAACAAUAGUUUGAAACAUUGGGAUUGGCCUAUACUGCACUAGGAGUGACACAUACUAAAAACAAUUUAGAUGUCCUUAAACACAAUAUCUAAUCACUAGUACCCCCUUUUAUUUUUAUCUCCUCCGGCAAUCAAGCUAAGAAUUUACCUGUUUUUUGCCUUACAUUUCAUUUAAAAAUCACCAUACUGAAUGUAUCAAAUUUUUUACCACAGAAAAAAAUAAACUACAACUCCCCUUUUAACUCUAAUAUUAAUAACCAAUUAGCAUAUGUCCAGGUUACCAACCCUUUGUUCAGUUUACAUUUUGAUUAUGGUAGAUCUACAUUGAAUUACUUACCAUACUUCAAGAAGCAACAAAACAAUUUUUUAACGAUUUUCUUAUGUUUAUAUUUAAAAACAGAAGCAUGAAAGAAUUCAUAAUAUGAUGACUUUAUACUUAAUAGGUAAUGGAAAAACAAAGAACAGUUAUAGUGAAUGACUUAAUUUUAUGCCAUCAAAAUUAAAAAACAGAAAUAUAGUUAAAUCCGCCCAGUAGUAUUUGUCCAUUGUUCUCUUCAGACAAACCUCCAAGUGUAUACAACUAAAGCUGAUGACCUCGAAGGUAUGUUUGAUUUAUAUUUUUUUUCUUUUUGUUAUGCAGCACAUUAAAAAAAUUAUAUUUUAUUAGAUAAAUUUGAGAUUUAUGCAAAUGUAAAAUCCAUUUCAGUUUGUACUAGCAAACAGUUUUCCCAGAUGAGGACACGCAUGAUGGGAUGGUUCCAUCUGUUGCAUGGUCAAGAUCUCUUAGCUAGAAAGGAACAUGGAGGAAACAUUAAACAAUUUUAUAAACAUGUGUCUGUGAAGAAAGAACUCAGAGAACACAAUGGUAUAUUGCACAUGUUAAGUCAAUUUAAUAUAUGUCACUGUCGAAUUUUAAAUUGUGUCCAUAUAAAAUAUUGUCAAAUAUUAAUUUUAAUUAAAUAAAGCUGUUAUCACUGCUACAUUUUGAUAAUAUUCCAUUCAAAUUUUGAACUGGUUUUUGUGCAGGGGGUGUUUUAAUUCCCAAAAUAAUUUAGACAUACAAUUUUAUUAAGAGAAAGAUACAAGGACAAGAAGUUAUAGGUAUAUUUGAAAAAAACAACAUAAAAACUAAAUGAAAAUUGUAUUUCUUUAUUACUGCUUAGGACAUAAUUGUGAGUGCUUGAAAUCGGCUAUGUGGCAGUUCGUGCAAAUGGAUAAAAAUGCUGAUGAUGAACUUACUGACACAGAAAUGUCAUUAUUGGAGGAAAAUAGCUUGGAGCCAUGCAUGCAGCCAUACCUUACAUCCUGUGAUCUUAACGCUGACAGCAAGCUCUCCAGCAAUGAAUGGUGUUGUUGCUUCUCUAAUGUUGGUGAGUUUGAGGUUUACUUUAAGUUUAAGCUGAUGGUUUCAGUUGUGUAUUGGUUGAAUUUGACAAGUAUAUAAGACAAGUAUAAAUUAGAAGUUUUCUUCAUUUUCAUAUGUAAAUUUGAGAGUUGAUUAGUCCCCUUAAAAUACAUAUAACGUUAGAUUUUGUUUUUUCCACUUAAAUAAAUAUUUUUUAACCCACAAACUGCGGUAGGUUGAUUAAAUCUGCCGAUUUCCUUUUCCUGCACUGUUGGCGGAUAAGAUCGGCCAAUAAAAAUUGCGUUGAAAGAACAAUUUCCAGUCCAAUAUUUUACACUAAAUAAAACUACUUCCUUUUAAUGAUAAAUAAACUUCCGUUUUUCGCUCUUGUGUCCUUAUUUUAAAUUUUGGAGUUAUUUUUUAAAACGAUCUUUAUCAAGCAAAUUUGUGUAAGUAGAUUUUGAGAAAUCGAUGAGGCCAUAGCUGAACCAUCUGGCUUACAAAAUAAAUCAGGAAUCUUUUUGAUAAUUAUUUUUAGUUAAUGACUUAAGGGAUUCGAGAGAUGAUUUUCCAAUCACUCAUGAAGAGAAUGAUAAUUCCGAUUAUUUUUCUAGUGGGUCAGAAAGCGAAAGUUCGGACGAUUUAGACCUAGGCCUAGAACGAGUAGGCGUUGCCACAACAAUAGGGCUCGUUCAAAACUAUGUUGCAGACGAUUUUGUACCAACAAAAAAUAAUUGGAUGUUGAUCUAUAUAUGUUUUCUUAUAUUUCAUUUUAUGGAUUAAAUAUUUAUAUAGCAGCUUUUUAAAUUUAUCUGUUUCUUCUUGCUAUUUUGUAAUGUUUAUAUUGUUUAUGUUGUGCUUGGUUACUUGAAUGUAAUUAUAGGUAUCAGAACAAUUAUUUUGUUAAAAAUCUAUUAAUAACUAACACUUAUACAAAUAAUACAUUUUCUGUAAGAUAAAUACAAAAUACAUUAUAAUAAUAUGCCUUUUAAAAAUUGUAGUUUGAAGUACUUGAAAAUAAAACUUUUCAUUAUUUUCUUUAUUCUUGGUCACUCCAAGGUCCUGGUCACGUUCACAGGGUGUAACAUAGCAUUAACGAAAUAGCCAAUAUGAUUCCCCACUCAGUCUAAUUUCCAUAAAUAUAUACUUUAUGGGGUCUAGCUAUAGUAUUAGCAUGUGAAAAAAUCACCUUUUUCAAAGGCACCCAAAAAGCUCUAAAUUCCCAGCACAGUACAGAAACAUAACAUACACAGUUCGUGGAUUAAAGUGAUUAGCAGAAGUUCUCUUACAUUUGAAAAAUAGUCACGUGUAAAGCAAUAAAGAAAAAAAGUUUGCCAAAAAGAAUCCAUCAUCUUGUAGAAUAUAAAGAAGCACUAUGUUUUUCAUAACAUGUAACAUUUCUUUACAGUUGCCCCUUGUUUCAAGAAAGUCGAUGAGAUAAGGAAGUCCGGAGAACCAGGUAUGGACAUGUUUUUAUUUGUAAGGAGAACAGCAGCUGUAUGUCCUCAAGGAUUUUCAGUCAUAGUAAUGAUUUAUGUUCAUUUAAAUAUGCUGAUAAAUCUUUAUAAAUGUGUUUACUUUUUUUUCAAUUUAGGUAAUUUUAGCAUGUAUUUAUUGUUUAAAAUGAAAUAUUUUCUCCUUAUAAAGUGGCUUAUAUACCUCGUUGUGAUCGGGAAGGCUACUAUAUGCGUGAGCAAUGUGAGGGAAAAGAAGAGGACAAAUUUACCUGUUGGUGUGUUGACUACAAUGGAAAUGAAACCAAAGGAACCCGCACUAAUGGCCGUGCUCACUGCAGUAAGUCUUAUUUUAUGUAAUUUUUAUUCCUUUCUGGUGUUAUACUAUACAGGGCGGCCCAGAAAAAAUGAAAUUAUCUCUUAAUAAAGGGUAAUAUAAUUGAAUUAAUAUAAUGUUUUCUCAUUAACAGUUGUACGAAAAUUAUAACGCAUUUUCAAUUUUCAGCUUGAACGCAGUCCUUCAUUUAUUAUCCUUUUCUUUACUUGCAGUUGUCAGGGCCAUCAUAUGACUUAUUUACACUUUAAACACCUUUGCUAGAGAUAUUGGUCUGAAAAUUUUACUUAUCUUAUGCUAAUUGUAAACCGUGAAAGUUCUAUGAGCACUAGGUCACUUGGCUUAAUGAAAGUUUUCUUGAAUAUGUUGGUUGACUCUUAACAACCAGGGUUGCAAAGAAUGUUUGGUACAGGAAAAGUGAUGUGGUAAACCAUUUACAAAUUUAGGACUGAGGUUGCAAGUUGGGUUGAUCAGAUUAGGAUCUGAUGGGGAUGGGUCAUAGGAUAUACAUUCAUGGUCAAUAAACAUUAAAAUUAUGUCUGUUAUAAAUUUUAACAUUAUUGAUAACAAACGUGUCAUACAUUUUCUCAGUAGUGAUAGCCAAUACAACAUAUUUAAUUUGUAUCUAAGCAAUAUUUAAAAUGUGUAUUUUGCAUUUGUAACGGAGACUAAAGAUAAUUAAUAAUAUAUAUUUUCAUUUUGGUAACACAUUUUUUUUUUUUAAAUUCGAAGUCAGUUUUAACUUUAAUGAUCAAUAAUAAAUUAGUGAACAUUUAGAGAAAAUUUGAAUAAAUAAUUAGUUAUAUUUUCAAGCUAUUUCUGUUGCAUGCCACCAUAGUAUGAAAGUAAAAGUUUUUUAUUUAAAAAUUAGAUAAACACACAAUUUUUGUUGACACAAAUAUUUCUGACCUCAAUAAAAAAAAAUGUACAAGAAUAAUUCAUAAAAAUUAGAUAUCUUUAUAUAACACCACCUUCAAUUUCAAUGCAAUAUUAAUAAUCUUUUAUUGUUGUUGCUCUACAGGUAAAAUUGCAAUGAAUGGUACCCGGAAAGUUAAAAGUGCAUAAGGGCUAUCAGCAUUACAAAAAUAACUUUUAUUGAAUUACGGUAUUUAGUUUAAUCAAAGAAUCUUUGAAAAUGUAUCUUAAAUUUAUUUUAUUUCAUAAGCUGUUCAAUUAUAUUUUUUGGAGCAAAAUCAAAUUUUACAAACAUUUUACUUUUGCACUGUACUAUUUAUAAUGAAAUAUUGGUUUACAUAUUAUCCUUUAAACUUUAUUUAAACUGGGUUAACUAUUUCAUUACCAGAUGUAACCUUUUGAUUCACACAAAAAUCUCAUUUAGUUCUCAAACGUUUUAUUCUACAUAUAAGCAUUGCAAAAAUUAAAAGAAUUAGUUAAGAAUGGAGUCCUUUGAAUGAGAUUUGUUUGUACCAGAUAUGAUUUCCUGUAUAUUCUAAUUAAAAUUAGGGUCUAGUUGUAGGAUGUCCUAGAAUAAUAAAACAACAUAUUUUGUCUGUCUGUGCAGAUCUAACUAAACAAUUCAUUCCAAAUUAAUAAAUGUAAAUACUAAAAGCAAACUCAUUCCAAAGCUUAGUAAAUAAAAUUUAAUUAGGCAAUACUCACUUAUUAUUACUUAUUCUUAUGGCCUUUUCUCUUUUUUCCCAUUUGCUAUGAAAGUUUUAUGCCAUAUUACUUAAAGAGAAUAUUUAUAUCAAAGCAAUCUCUGAAUUUUUUUUAAAUGUAUUUUUUGCUACAUGUGAACAAAAAUAUCUGUUUACAGUCUAGUAUCUCAUGUAAUGCUUAUUAAUUAAUUUUAAAAAAUAAUGUUCAAAGUACAUAAGAACAUAUUUUUCCAAUGUAUUUACUAGUCAUUUAUUUUAUGCAUUAACUAGUAGUAACAGUUUUAUGCUUUGAACAAAAUGUGUGAUCUAUUUUUUAAUAUUAUUGACAAAACUAUUAUCGUUUAUAUAUCUCAUGUAUGGCUUUAUGGAAUAUUAUUUACUUUAUCUUCAAGUUAGCUUGUCUGCAAUUUUAAUAUUUUUCCUUUUUACAAUAUUUUUAAAUAAUGUAGAUAUAUUUACAUUUAGCGUAAGAGUCAGUCUUGGGCACCCGCUCUGUAAGGAGCCAUUGAAAUAUAGUGUACGCCGAAAAAAUCCGAUUUUCUACCCCUCCCCUCCUUUUGCAUGCAUUCUUUUUUUGGACCCCUCCCCAUGCAUACAAUGAGCUUUCAACACUCGACAAAAAAACAACACAUGAACAAAAUCAUUUAAUUUACAAAAAAUGAAGCAUCAUAGUAAAAAAAUGUGUCACUGAUGCAAUAUCAGCAAUUACCAGACUAUACAGUGCAAACAGUGACUCACUUAGUAAUUACUGUUUGCAGCUUCUAGAUGAUGCGUAGUGACAUACAUAGGCAUUUUAUUUAUUUUUACCCACCCUUUAUAUAUAUAUUUUAAUGUGUUCGUUAUUUCAAAGUGUAUUAGUUAAAAUUUAACACAACAGGGGCCUGGUAAAGAACUGAAUUUGGUUAGGGCGUCAUAUAUUUAAAAUUUUAGGAAUCACUGGUGUAGUCGAACAAAGUACAUCACAAGCUUGUUGAAAAUACAGUGGGACUAAAUAUUAAUAUAACACUACUACUGAGUAGUAUUCAAGUGAUAUCUUAGUGAAUUCAAAAAGUAAAAUGAUGAUAAUUCCUAUGAAACUUUGCAUGACAUUUUUAAAGCAUUAGAGAUAUAAAUAUGCUAUUUUAUUUAUGGCUGUCAGAAUAUCAGGAUGAUUUUGUAGAAGUUGGGAAUAAUUUACGUACUUUCUGCCCAACACCCACCCCCAUACGCAAACAUACUCAAAAUCUAAAAAAUUGCUCCCAUCACCCUUUGUUCACCUCAGUGCGUUUGGACUAUAUGGAUGGCCCCUAAACUUUAUCGACCACAAAUGAAUAAAAUAAAAUUGUUAGUCUUGAAUUAAUUUCCCUGUAUUUUUAAAGCUGAUUAUUAUACAGGUACUGAAGUAUUUUUUUCUUCAAUUUCUUUGGGAAAAAGAACUCAAAGCAUUACUCGAAUUCCUGUCUUCCAUUUUCAACCAUCUAUGAUAAAAAUAAUAAUUUAAAAGACCUGUCAAUAAAUGUUUAUGUUACAGUUUAUGUCUUAGACUAGACUAAGAGUCAAGAGGAAAUAUUUCUAUAUCAUUUUAUGUCUCAGAAAAAUAGAGCUUUAAUUUUUUUCUUGUCAUAAAUUUCAAAUGUUACUAGUUAUGAAAAGGUGAUUGCAAAUAUUUUUCAGUGUAUCGCAAAUUUUAAAACAACGAAUUCUGUUUUAAUUUAUUUUUUAAAUAAAAGAAUUAUCACUUUCUACGGAGCACUAUUCCUUUUUCUUGUUUUUUUAAUAAAAAUUCUUGAGCUAUCUCAACAUAAAGGAUCGACAUUUCUUAAGAUGACAUUUUCUAUUUUAAAUUAUAUAUUUCAGUCAUUCAAACCAAAUUUUAUCUUACAAAUUUGAUUUUACUUUGGGUAUAUAAAAAUAUAAUUAUAAUUACUUAUGCAUUAUAUUUAAAAAUUAAUUAAAAUUUAGUCAAUAAUAACCUAUUUUUUUAUUUUCUGUUUUAACAAACUUGGAUUGUGCAGUGUGAUGAGUGUUACAUACUACAUACAAUGUUUAGUUUUUUAAAACUUGUUUUACUUGUCAAGUCUAUUAGAAAAAUAAAGAAUAAUUUUCAUUGGCUUAACUUGUUUAAAACUGUGUAGAACAUCCUUAUUUCCAUUUGCACUUAAUUUAAGAAAAGCUUCCAAUUCCAUUUACAAAACUAUAUUUCAGAUCUGUUGAAUGACAGUGAACAAUUACUUUUCGGUUUAGAUUUUAGAAUACCAGUCGGCAGUAUUAGUAUUGAUAUUAGAAUACUGAUAUAUACUUUCCUGGCCCACUGAUGAGUAAAGCUCUAUAAUUCUUCUUAUUUAUGAAUAUAU